AUGUAUCCAAGAUUUUUACAAGUCAUCCUUAACGUAACUCAUCCCGAGUUGCAGAGAGGAAAUGAUACUCUGGAUUUCAAAUCCAUUGGUGCAAGUGCCUUUGUACUAAUGAAGCAAAAGAGAGGCGGAAAGUUCGUAUUUGAAGGAAAAUUUCCAUUAAUAAAAUUUGGAAUUUUUAAAGAGGAUGUCAGAGAAGAACCAGCAGAACAAUCCAUGCCGAUGGAAAAUGAAGAUAUUUCUCGCUCCCCCUCCGGGCCUGAAGUGGAGGAGAUUCAUCACUCUCCCACAGCUUAUGUAGCUGACGAGCAUGAUAAUCAGAAAUCAAAUGAUUCAAAAUCUUCUCGAAAGGAUGAUGACGAUAAUCUUUAUGAAGAUGUGGAAUUUUUGAAAGAAAUCGACUUUACAAGAAUCAGUGACUAUAUUCCAACAAACAUAGAAUUUGAUUUUGGUGAUGAAGAUUUUGAUCCUUUUCUUGAUAUUCCCAGGAGCCGUGUAAAUAAAGUCAAUGAAGUUGCUUCUUUAGCAACCAAGACUAGAGAUGAAGGAAAUGUUCUCAAAAUUCUACUCUCUACAUCAAAGCCCUUGGAGACUUCUCAGACUUCCAUAAGAACAAGCCAAUAUCUUGAAAGUCUGGAGGUACCCUCUGUAAAAUGUGCUCCUCAAGGUAUUUCAACAAUCACUGCAACCUCUGCUCACUCUCCUCCAAAGCAGACUGAUGAAGGUCCAAGUACCAUGUUCGAGACUGGUGGAUCCUCUUCUAUUCCAGAAUAUUCUUCAACUCGACCUUCUCUAGAUGAAGCUUCUAUCAAAUUAGUAAAACAUCUGGCUCAAUCUAGUCCAACCUCUUCACGUGGGAAAGGAAUAUCAUUUAACGAGGGUCGGACAGAUAAUGACAAAUUCUCUUCGUCUGAUCUCCGAGAGGAAAUUGGAGUUCUUCGCCAACAGCUCAUUGAAAAGUCAAUUCAAAUGGAUCAGCUUUUUGCACAUAUCUUUGAGCUCAGGGCAAAGGAUGAAGAAAAGACCAAACAAAUCAAUGAUCUACAAACGAGUCUUGGAUCUGUUCUGGCUAAUUAUUUGAAUCUCAAGAACAUAUUGUAUGAUGCUUUUGGUGAAAAAGUUAAAGCCCUCUUCCAACAGCCUCAUGGAGUAGUUGAUCCUCCUUUUGUUCAAUCACCUCCUGCAUCUGAUGAUCUACCUGUUAACCCACCUGCUCCAAGAACAGCUACAAUUGUCAACAGAUUUGAAAAAGAACCAGAAGGAAGCAGAGCUAGAAUCACAAUCUGUCACACCCUCGAACCAGACGGCGGAAACGUCCGAGGGUUAUCGUGA